AGUGUAGUUCUCUGUUACAUUUUUUGCUGUAUGUUAUUAUGUUUAUCAUUUUGUAUUUCGUGUUUGUGUCAACAUAGAAUUGGAAUCCAGAAAGUAUAUUGAAGCAAUAAAACAAUGAUGUAAUGUUACAAAUUCACAGACUGUCAAUCAUGAAGUUCAAACCUUUUUCCUAUUCUUCCGAGUGAAUACCUUUUUUUCCGUUUUGAAAAAUACUCCUGAUUAAAAAUUUUGUGAUCCUGAUUAAUUAGCGAUGUAUAGCUGAUGGCAAUUUUAUAGAUGAGAUUUGAUGACUUGUACAAACACUCUGCCAUUAAUAUCCAGUGCUUUCAAAGAUACAGUCAACAAUAAUCUAGAGUCUGGGAGUAGAAAAUGGUGUGACACAGCAUAGGAUCAGUGUCAACACAAUCAAAAUGUCAACACAAUGAAAAUAAAGGAUUUAAUUAAUUGCUAAAAUCAACAAGUAUGGUUUAUCUGGUCAAGUUCCGAGAGGAAUUAUAAAUUCAUGCGUGGAUUUAAUUGUCAAUAUUUUAACAAUGGAUAAUAUCGAUGAUGAAUCGAAGAGGUACUUUGCAUCAAAAACAGAAAUGAAAGGAAACUAUCGCACAAACACAAGAACUUCUCUUCUAGGAAAAGGAAUAGCAAACACGUUAAGAGUUCAAGAAUAUGAAGAGUCCGAAUUUAACGAAAAUAGUUAUGGAAGUAGCGGAGAAACUAAACCAUGCCUGGAAAAAGAGAACAAGAUAAAUUUCCCAUUGUAUAGAAGGCAUCCAAAAACUUCAGUUCAAGCUCAAGUGUAUAAUUUUCUAGAAAGACCGACGGGUUGGAAAUGUUUCAUAUAUCACUUUACAGUAUUCAUGAUGGUGCUAAUUUGCCUUAUCUUUAGUGUCUUAUCAACAAUUGGAGAUUACGAUGAUUUUGCCAUGGAAACGUUAUUUUGGAUGGAAAUAGUUUUAGUAUGUUUCUUUGGCUUAGAAUAUGUGAUACGGUUAUGGUCAGCAGGUUGUAGAAGUAAAUAUAUGGGACUAAAAGGCAGAUUUAAAUUUGCUAGAAAACCAAUUUCUAUAAUAGAUUUAAUUGUAGUUAUAGCCUCUAUAGUAGUAUUUACAUUUGGAUCUGAAGGACAAGUUUUUGCAACAUCAGCAAUAAGGGGAGUACGAUUUUUACAAAUACUGCGCAUGCUCCAUGUAGACAGACAAGGAGGAACAUGGAGACUUCUAGGAUCUGUCAUUUAUUUACACAGACAGGAGCUUAUCACGACAUUGUAUAUAGGAUUUUUAGGCCUUAUAUUUUCCUCAUAUUUUGUUUAUCUUGCUGAACGAGACGAAAGUAGAGAGGAUUUUGCCAGUUAUGCAGAUGCCUUAUGGUGGGGAGUUAUAACAGUGAUGACAAUAGGUUAUGGAGAUAAAGUUCCACAGACAUGGAUGGGUAAAAUUGUUGCCUCUUGUUUUGCUGUUUUCGCCAUAUCAUUUUUUGCCUUGCCUGCGGGUAUACUUGGUUCAGGAUUUGCCUUAAAAGUUCAACAAAAACAAAGACAAAAACAUUUUAAUCGACAAAUUCCAGCUGCAGCUACUUUAAUACAGUGUGUAUGGAGGUGCUAUGCUGCGGAUCCCUUGUUCAAAUCAGAUGCAACAUGGAAUAUACAUAUUCAUGACGCAUCGAAUGAACACAACAUGUUAGCAAGAAUGGCUAGACGAGCUAGCCUGACUUUACGGAAACGUCGUAUGUCAAGGUUAGAUUCCAUGUCCGUUCCUAACCAUUAUCACAGAGAGAGUGUUACUACGUCACCUUGGGAGGAAAAAAUAGGUACACCAAAAGGUGCAAGACGUGAAAGUAUGAGACCCUCACCCUAUGGUGGAAGUAUAAGUGAACAAUAUGACGAUACAGACUAUGAUAUGGAUGAAGCCGCUGAUCGAGUGGUUCAGUUAACCGAGGCACAUAAAGCAGCGAUACGAGUAAUCAGGAAAAUCAAAUAUUUUGUAGCUAGGAGAAAAUUUCAGCAAGCACGAAAACCGUAUGACGUCAGGGACGUCAUAGAACAGUAUUCCCAAGGUCAUCUUAAUAUGAUGGUUAGAAUCAAAGAACUUCAACGAAGAUUAGACCAGACAUUAGGUAAGCCCGGAGUUCUUUAUUCAAAUGGAAAAGAUCGAGAAAGAGUUACUCUCAGUGCAAGAAUUGUCAGAAUGGAAAAUCAGAUACAGAAGAUGGACACAAAGAUCGACCAAGUAAUUUUCUUAUUGAAUUCCUUAUUGAAAUCGAAAUCCGUUAACGAAAACUCAGUUGAGGAUGACGUAUGAUGUUUACAAACUUAGUUUAAAAAAUCGACAAAACAGAAGGCAGUUACAAGUUAUGGAGAACCAGUGAAAUGUGACAGUGAAACGGAAUAGGCAAUUGUUGUAUAUGAAAACAGUACAAGCAUUCACCAGUUUCAAUUAAUUGCCACUGUUUCAUACCUCAGAAAGAAGCUUUAUGUUAUACUAAUGAUAAUCAUAAAUAUGUUACAGUAGAUACAAGAUGUACUGUGUGGUUGUUUUUUAGCAGCUUUUAUCAGUAUUCGAACACGUUAUUGGACUAUUUUUCACAUUUAAUUAUUGUUCUUACCCUGGUUGUGUUUUUCUAUUGUGUUAAAUGUUAUCACAUUUCGUAAUUGUAUAGAUGUUUUUGUCAGAAUGUUGGAUGUAUGCACUAAACUUGAAUUCUUGAAUUUUAUAUUUUGGGAUAAAUGAUGUAUUUGUUUUAAUUCCCCGUAAAGGAAAGAAUAGUUGUAUUUUGUGAUUAUCUCUCUGUGUAGUAAUUGUCAAUGAACACCACAUUACUUAUUUUCGCUUAGACCUGGUCAAAGACCUAACAAUU